ACUUCUGGGUUGUGAAUAUUCAACUGUCGGUAGUCAACUCGCGAUCGAAUUGGGAAUCUGGAUGCGAUUGUUUGUUCAUCAUGAAAUCGAUUCUGUACCUCGCCCUUGUGGGUCUUCUCCAUUCUGGGGGCGCAGUGCCGCAGAGUGAUUUGAAGUCAAUCAGAGCCAGGAAACUUCAAGAGGAGGUGACUGACCAGCAGAUGCAUCCACGCUCGUCCCCGAAAACUAUGAGAUUUAAAUCAGCACAAUCAGCAUAUAGUCCUGAAGCAGAAACAAGUUACUGGUUCAACCAGGCCAGGAAAUCCCUUCGUAAGCAGUUAAACAAGAAAUUAAAUACCAAUAUCGCGAAAAAUGUGAUAUUCUUCCUCGGCGACGGUAUGUCAAUCCCGACCCUGAUGGCCGCUAGAGCAUACCAGGGACAGUUGGCGGGGAAAUCAGGAGAGGAGGGCGAACUCUAUUGGGAAACCUUCCCCUUUACCGGUUUAUCAAAGACCUGGUGCUUGGACAAACAAGUAGCGGACUCAGCGUGCACCAGCACCGCCUACAUGACCGGUGUGAAGACAAACUACGGCACCCUCGGGAUAAACGGUCACGUCGUCCGCGGAGACUGUAGUACCCAGCAGAACCGGACGAAUCACCUGCCAUCGAUCCUCCAAUGGGCGAUAGAAUACGGAAAGUCCGCUGGCUUCGUCACGACGACUCGCGUCACCCACGCGUCACCAGCAGGCGGUUAUGCUCACGUAGCUGAACGCAAUUGGGAGAGUGACACCGAGGUCAUCAAGGACAAGCAGGAUCCCAAGAAAUGUAUUGACAUAGCAGCCCAACUAAUAACUCAGGAGCCUGGUAGGAGAUUCAAUGUGAUAAUGGGUGGUGGAAGGCGAAGCUUCCUCGGCAAGAAAACCACCGACGAGGAGGGAACGAGGGGCAUCAGGACGGACGGAAGGAAUCUCAUUGACGAAUGGAAACGGAACAAGGCCUCCCUGGGGAAGAGGCACUCUUACUCCUGGAACAGGACCAGCGUUUUGGACAUGAUAGCACAUCCCGAGAGGUAUGACUACGUCCUGGGACUCUACGAGGACACCCACUGUCCGUAUCAUCUGGAGGCGUCUGCAGCGACCGAGCCCUCUCUCGAAGAGAUGACCGAAGCCGCGGUCAAGGUCUUACGAAAGAACCGGAAGGGAUUCGUUCUGUUCGUGGAAGGUGGCCGUAUCGAUCACGCUCAUCACGCUGCAUGGACGAAGUUGGCUCUGGACGAGACCCUGGAGCUGGCGAAGGCCGUUAAGAAGGGACGAGAAUUAACUUCGAUUGACGACACGUUGGUUAUCGUUACCUCCGAUCAUUCACAUACCAUGAGUAUCGCCGGAUACUCAGACCGGGGUAAUUCAAUUGUGGGGAAGAGCAUGGACCUUGGGUCGGAUCAAUUGGGGUACAUGACACUUGGGUAUGCUAAUGGACCUGGGUACAGGACUACCAGUACUGGGGCUCGCCAUAACAUCGCUAACGAUAAUAUUGGAGACUUGAAAUAUGAAUACCCAGGAACCGUUCCUCUCCAGUCGGAGACUCAUGGUGGAGACGACGUGGCCAUCUUCGCCAGUGGUCCCUGGUCCCAUCUCUUCUCUGGUACCAUUGAACAAAGCAACAUUCCCCAUUUUCUGGCGCAUGCUUCCUGCAUACGUCGGAACUCUGCGUGUGCUUCGAUCCGCUGAAUCAAUGAAUCGUCUUUUUUAUGAGGAUCUGUGAAGCUGUUGCUAUUCAACAGCUGUAAAUAAUGUUAUUUUUUGUAGCAAUAAAGUAAAUGGAAACCUAUCAGUCUGAUUUUCAAGGACAUCCAGGUGUUUUUUUCUGUUCAGUCAAGACAUCAUUAUACUUUCAACGAUUUCUAAUCAGUAACUCUGUCGAUUAAAUUUGCGUGUGGAAAAUUUGGAAAAAUAAUGAACAUUCUGUGAAAUCCAAUUUAUAUUGUUCAUAACAUUAUCAUUUUUUACUGUUCUUUAUUUAUGAAUAAGUAAUUGUAGUUGUUUAAACUUUCGAAGAUUUGGUUUUUGAGGAACAAAUGAGUAGCGAAGUGGGUCAAGUCCAUUUUUACUAUUGGCCAGUUAAAUCAGCAAAUGGAAUAAUCAUUCGAAUGAUCUUAUGGCUCCGCUAAAUCUAUCUUAAGCAUAAAAAAUAGUCUAUUGAGUAAUUUAAUCCGUAAGCAAUGAAGUUUUUUUACUAAUGAAUAAAUUGAUUGUCAUGA